UAGACGCCCACCUGUAGGCACUCAGGGCGGUGUUGGUUCACUUGUUCUAUCCGGUAUCCUCCAAACAUCCUUUCUUCUGCUAAACCCAUCGUGUAGCGUAGAACAACAAUAUCCACAUGUUUUACCCCUUUCUCGCUUAAACCUUGCGAGAUGUUAAUGGAUCCCUUUGCAGUCAUCCGUGGGCAUUUAAGUUAGCGUAUUUGUGUGUGUUUUGUAGAUUUUAUCCUCGGAAAUCUUCGGGAAAAGCGGCAGAAAUGCUGGAUUUACAGCUGCAGAAUGAGACCUGUAACAACGGCUCUUUCUUAAGGGUCGUCUGUGGUUCUCAGUCUACGGUAUGUGUCAUCACUGAUCAGACUCUGUUCAUGAGUUCCUUCACUCCUUUCACCAACAACACCAAACCAGUUGAGGCGGCGAACAACACCUACAAUAUAAUUCUGGGUCUGAUUCUGGCUUUGCUGUCAGCCAUCUUGAUCGGCAUGAGUGUGAUCAUGAAGAAGAAGGCUCUACUACGCCUGCCAAACGACGGGAGCACACGGGCAGGUGAUGGAGGUCAUGGAUAUCUGAAGGACUGGCUCUGGUGGGGCGGACUGCUGACCAUGGGAGCAGGGGAGGUGUUAAACUUUGUGGCGUAUGCAUUUGCUCCGGCGACCCUCGUGACGCCACUGGGCGCACUCGCUGUCAUCAUCAGUGCAGUUCUGGCCUCCUACCUGUUAGGGGAGGUGCUAAACGUCAUUGGGAAAUUCGGCUGCUUCCUGUGCGUUCUCGGUAGCGUCCUGUUGGUCAUCCAUGCGCCAAAGGAACAGGAAGUGACAUCACUGCAGGAGAUGACCAUGAAGAUUCUAGAGCCAGGUUUCCUGGUGUAUGCGAUCCUGGUGCUUGUGUCGGCCAUGGUGCUCAUUCUGCUUGUUGCUCCUCGGUUUGGACAGACUAACAUCCUGGUUUAUAUCUCCAUCUGCUCUCUGCUUGGAGCUUUCACCGUCUCCUCCGCCAAAGGACUGGCCAUCGCACUACAGACCUGUAUGUUGGACUACUCUGUCUUCUCUAACCCUCUCACUUAUAUCCUGAUCUUGACUCUAGUGCUGUCUAUCCUGGCCCAGGUGAACUAUUUGAACAAGUCCCUGGACAUUUUCAACACUCAGAUGGUGUAUCCCAUUUACUACGUGCUCUUCACCUCCGUGGUCCUCUGCACCUCCAUCAUUCUGUUCCAGGAGUGGAGCUCCAUGUCCCCCAUUGAUGUGGUGACCACCGUGGGGUCAUUCAUGGUCAUCGUGGUGGGCGUGACUCUGCUCAACCUCUUCAAAGACAACACUCUAACACUGAAACGGUUGACUGAACAAAUGUCUCUCUCUCCGGACCCUCUCCCCACUGACCCCGUGAUCAGUGACGCAAUCGGUUCCCCCAUCACCACGUCAACCAGACAGGAAGGGCGGAGCAGGAAGGAGGACAAGUACGGGCUCAUAGAGAACAUGGUGAUCGAGAGUCUGCCCCCUAUGAGAGAGGAGGGGCCUCGCGUUUUCAUCAUCAGUUGAGACACAGAUGGGAUUUUAUGUUAAAGUCAUUUGAGUUCUUUCAUUUAAUUAAUUUUGUACAUUUCAAAAAGUGAUGUCCAUAGAUGAUUUGAAAUUGCAAGUGUUUUGGUUAAUGUCCAGAUUUUUCUUUUACUAGGUAGCCUGUGCUCUUACUACUAUCAGAAUUCAACAAUCACAAAUUAACCUGGUUUGCUAGUGCCUUUUUUUUUUGUUUUUUUCUCAUUCUCAGGCUCAUUCCGAAUUGCUCAAAUUGACCCCGAAGCUCCUAGCUCUUUAAACUCAAAGCUGAUGUGCGUCACUGUAUUCCUUGAUAAGGACUGUCCGCAGAGUUAAAAAGGAGUUGGAAACGGAGCCUGCAUACUUUCUUUCGUAGUUCCUUUAGCACAGGAACCUAACCAGCGCUAAGGAGCAAUGAAGUAUCUUUGUCUGAAGGUUUCCGAACAUGUUCAGUCUCUGUGCGAAGAGUUUGUAAUUGCCUCAGAUAUUAGGCCUACACAAUGUUUAAAUUUCACACUUCACAGAUUAUGUCUGUGGGUUUUACACUGUUUUCUCUUCAACAAGCAGCAUCUUCUCUCAUGUGCAAACACGUGGGUCAUGUUGAAAUCCGUAUGUAAAUCAGAGCUGUAGAGGAGAAUGAGGAGCAUUUAUUGUAGACUGUUUUUUUAUAGUAGUAGUGUAGGACCACUGUGACUUCUCCGCUGUUCCCACAUCUUUACCUCAAAUCUGGGGUUAUAGAAAUGUAAUUUAAAUAUAAAUUCUUUCACUUUAGCAUUUUUUUAUACAAUCCCAGAUUCUUUUUUUUUUUUAGAUCUUCAAAGUGAUGUGGCAUCACUAGUAUAUUGGUUAAUAAAUAAUCGUCCCAACUAUUUCACCAUUUUUUUAUUUUUUCAUUCAAAUUAUUAUUUUUGUUACUCAUUUUAUUUAGUUUCUACUUGGUCAUUAUUUCAAAAUUUUUAAGUGUUAAUUCAAAAAGUUGUACAUAGUGAUGAUAUUGUGCGUCAGUUCUUGCACUGAUUUGACUAUUAUAAUUUGUUCAAUAUUACAAUUUAUGAAGACACAUUUCAGAUGAAGGAAAUAUUUUUGCUAUUUGAAAGUAAUUUAUCUGUGAACUACCAUCUUUAUUAUUUUAGUACAUGUCAUAAAUGUCAAAAUUGAUUUUUGGAUCUUUCUGCCAUGUUACAGCGUUCCCUAAUGGAACCCUCUUUACAGUUCCAGUACAAUCUUGUACAAGACUCUGCUGGGAGCAUGGGUGACGUAGGCAUAUACAAAAACAGAAUACAAAGUUGUACACUACAACUUGACAAACCUGAUGUGAUGUGGAGUAGUUUCGUUAAGGGGAUUCAUGCUGAUUGUGCUGUGAAGUCGCUUUAAAAGGGAAGUGACUGAGCACAGUGAGCAAAGUGUCAAAAACUAAAGUGAAACUUUUUUAACUUACUAUGUUAAUUUGUUGUUUUCAGUGAAUGUACUAUUUUCAAAACAAUAAAAGGCAACAUGUAAUAAAUAUGUUAUGUCUUAGCAUUUACU